CCUCCGCGGCACCGGUAGCAUCUUCCUGUUAAGACAGCACAGUGAUAUUGGUCUCUGCGAAGGUCGUCAGUCUUAUUUGUAAUUCACCAUGUCUCUGCCAAAGCCUGCGAUGAGGGGGCUGCUGGGAAAGCGCCUGAGGUUCCACCUGCCUAUUGCAUUUGCAUUAUCCCUGAUUACAGCUACAGUCUUCAAGUACUCUGUAACAGAGCCCAGGAAGCAGGCCUAUGCUGACUUUUACAAGCACUAUGAUUCUGCCAAGGAGUUUGAAGCGAUGAGGGAAGCUGGCGUUUUCCAAAGUGUGCGGCCCUCUGGCGAGUAAACCCAUGCUCUGUGCCGUUAUGCAUUCCCGGUCUGAAGCUCAAGUUCAUUGCAACCCCAUGGAUGUUAUUUACUGUUAAGAUGUGAACAUCAUUGUGUUAUGUUCCUCGAAAUAAACUAUUCUAUUGA